ACAAAUAGACACAAUAAAUCUACGUCAUACGUUUAAAUCCUUGCACUUCAAAAGUGUACCUAAACUAUUUUUCACUUUCCGAAGUAGUUUAUCGAGUAAUUGUUAUCUCGUCGAAAUUACGAGCAAACUUUAUGUGCUUUGUAGACUUCUUGAAAUUUUGACCUUUGAACUUCGAGUGUGAAUUAAGGAUAUGCACGCAAAGUUCAAAAGCGACCGUUACGUGCCUAGAAUUUAUCCUUUUUUAUUCAUCUCAAACGAUUACAACACGCCGAACCACAAAAUCAAUUUUAGCUGGGGUUCCAACGAGUCGGUCGAAGCUUCAGUUGCGCGCUGAUCAUUCAGUCAUCAGUCAAGACUUGUCCUUUCUGUUCAAAGUUGCCCGAUUCCGUUUCCAAGUUAGGGUCAUCAAAAUUUUUAAGAUUGAGUUAUCAGAGAAGAUUAGCAUAAUCGGACCCUCAGAUCGGACUUCAGGAUUUGAACCAGAUUAGAUCUCUUGAUUAGAAAAAGAUUUGUUUAAGUGCAGAGUUCGGUUAUAAUUUGGAAGUGGUAGUUAAGAAUGGUGGGGAAUAUGUUCAUGUGAUACAACCCUGACUUAGUGAAUUGUUACUGAGGUGAUCAUUUAGUUUGGAUUCAGUGCUUAAAUCUUCAACCCUUAACAGUUGACACAGUUGUUACUGCUUGAUUCACCAAUGUCUGAACUACAAAUAAACUCUCCAAAAGACAAGAAAAAUGAAAAAUUAAUGAAAGCUGAAGAUUAAAGGAUGGAUAAAUACGAAAACAUAGAAGUAGUUGGUGAAGGAAGCUACGGUCUGGUGAUGAAGUGCAGACACAAAGAAACAGGACAAAUAGUCGCGAUCAAGAAGUUUCUCGAAACUGAGGAGGACAUCCAUGUUCGAAAGUUAGCCUUCCGAGAAAUAAGGAUGCUAAGGAGACUUCGACACGAAAAUCUGGUGAACCUUCUGGAAGUCUUCCGAAGACGGAAACGAUUCUACCUAGUUUUCGAAUACCUGGACCACACUAUCCUGGAUGAACUAGAAACAGUUGGUGGUGGAUUGAGCCCAGAAGUUUCGAAAAGACACAUCUUCCAAGUUCUACGAGGACUCAAUUUUUGUCACACCAAUAACAUAAUGCACCGGGACAUCAAGCCAGAGAACGUCUUGGUGUCGCCAAAUGGGGUCAUCAAGCUCUGCGAUUUUGGAUUCGCUCGAUUCGUAACCGGGCCGAAUGAGACCUGCACGGAUUAUGUAGCCACGAGAUGGUACCGAGCACCGGAGCUUCUGAUUGGUGAUAAUCGUUACGGUAAAGCUGUUGAUAUUUGGGCCACUGGCUGCCUUUAUGCAGAAAUCGUCACUGGAGAUCCCUUGUUCCCUGGAGAGAGUGAAGUUGAUCAGUUGCAUCGUAUCAUAAAAGUUCUUGGUGGACUUUGUGGCAAACAUCAGACUAUAGUUGGAAAGAACAACAUAAAAGUCCUACGACGAUCCAGUGUUGAUGAAAUGGCUAUUGGGAUUUGUGGAACCAGAUCUCUUCGAAGUGCCUUUCCCAACUGGACAUCAACUGCAAUUGACUUUCUUUCACAAUGCCUCCGGAUGGAUCCAGAUACAAGGCCAAGUUGUUCCAAUCUUCUGCAACAUCCUCUCUUUAUGCAGGACAAUUUUGCUGAUAAAUUCCUGAUUGAGUUGCACAACAAUGUUGCAAAGGAGGCUGCUUUGAAUCAUUUGAUUCUGAAGAGAGAAGAAGCCAGAAGGUUGAGUGUGCUUUCAGUGGAAGAACCACCAAGAGUUUGCCGAAGUAGCACUGGAAGAUGGCAAAUGAAUCUCAUAAAAGAUUCGAGGCUACAAUCCAAUAAAAUAAAUAGCGAGGUAGUCGAAAAUCCACCAUCUCAAGACAAUCACUCACCUACGGUUAUUCAACCUCGAGAGCAUUGUUACGUUGGCCCAGUGUCUGUUGUUCCGAAUACUACAUUUAUUAGGAGACUGGACCACAAAGGUCUUUCACUUCCGGAAGCAAAAGACUUUUCCUUGCCAGCUCUUUCCGUUAGGGCACAUGCUAAGCCUCCAGGCAAAAGAAAAAAGCUCGAGCUUUCAAAUCUUCCUUGACAUUAUCAUUAAACUAGGGAAAAUUGUACAUAUUUGCGAUCAAAAUUAUUCUAUAGUUGUA